AUGGGAGUGGCAGUAUGUAAAUAAGAGAAUCAAUCAUAUGGAGAAGAAGUCAUUUAGGAGAAUGUUUAGCCUAAUCCAAUGGCUUGUGCGAAUGGCUUAUCUUCGAACUUGGAUGGUUCCAAUCUCACACAUCCAAGUUUAAAAAAGAAAAUUAUCGCUUAGGUUACAGGAAAGCUCCCAGAUGACCCCAUAAGUAUGAUGAAUUCAAUAGCAUUAUUCCUAGAUUUGAGCAACAACUAAUCAAGUAUUCUCUUAGAGGAAAAAUAAGAACCUACUACUCCUGCACUUCCUACUUAGUAAAUAAUACAUAUCAAUUAGCGAUAUCAUCUAAUAGAAUGGAGAUAUACCAAACUUCUAGAACAUUUAAUUGUUUACGAAGGAAGUCUUUUAAUCGGUAAAGCUGAAUUCAUCAUAAAAAUUAGUUUCUUCUCAACCUGAAAAAAUCCUUCAAUGUAUCUAUAAUUAAUGAGAUUUAGAUUAGAGUUCUAAGAAUAAUAAUCGCAAUAUUCAAAAGCAUGCAACGAUGACAAAAGAUAAAGUCUAUUAAAAAUAAAUGUAGUCGAGGAUAAUGUAAUUGAUUUCAAUUAUAAUAGCUUGACGAUUACAUUUUUUUUGAUUGGAAGAAUACAAACUUUUAGUUAACUAGUAUUAAUGAAUAAAAUUUAUUGAAGAAAGCUAGUUCUACUAAACCUACGUCUAAACAAGUCAAAAAAAAUUAUUGA